AUGGACCAUUCCCUCCCCCACAGACCGCCAUCACCGAGUCAGACCUUGUCAACCGUGGGAACGUUGGGCCCCCUAGAUACAAGCUAUCUGGUUGAUCUUUUUACUUUAUCGGGGCUUCCCGGUAACAACAAUCCAUUUGGGGCCGUUGAUACUUCUGUUGCCCUUCCAGAAAAUGUGUUGCCUGAACCUGAAUCCUAUCUUAUCUCUGCCAAUGCAGAGCCAUUCUUCAUCGAUGGGAACACCGUGAAUUAUACGACUCCUAGCGCUUUUGACCCCACUGCGUCUUAUCUUACCGAUGGGACCUCUAUCAGUCAGCAGGUACCACCAAAUGGCGAAACCAGCUCGCUUACAGAAGACUACGCCCAUGGUGACCGCCAUCCAGCUACAUUCUCUAAUGUUCCUUCACUAUCAGCUCCAACUGGAAACGAGAGAUAUUCACUGCAAACUCCACAGGCGCCGUGCAAUGCAGCUUUUCUGGAAGGGCAGCGAAGUCUCCCCCGCCGCAGGAGCAGGUACAUGAUCAACAAGCAUGAAAAACAGGCUGUGCCGAUGUUCGUCCCGACGAGUAUCCGCUCCCCAGACCCCCUCAGGCGCUGGCAGGAAUCACCUCCAGAAGACGAACCUGCUCCGUUAUCUGCCAUCAGAGAUGCAGUUCAGCACUCGUGGUCCGAACGGCUAGCAAACGAAAGCUUCGCGGCAGUUGAGCAUCAGCAAGGCAUCUCCGAUCUUGGAUCAGUCGACGCUUUCCAAACAUACCGUCAAUCAGGAUCUCGAGCUGCUUCGACGACUAGUGCUGAGAGUGGUGUGAGUGCAUCUUCGCGACAGUCAGCUCGCUCUGGAAGGUCAAGCGGUAGCCACGAAUCCUCCCGAAAGAAGACGAAUGAUCGCGUUCGGAAGACGCAGUCUCGUGGAAAGAAAGACAAAUCAACCACAAAAGAUAGUCCACGAAUAUUCUGCUGCACAUUUUGCUGCGAUCGAUUCAAGAGCAAGUAUGACUGGAUGCGACACGAGAAGUCGCUUCACUUGAAUCUCGAAACCUGGGUAUGCACGCCGUUUGGUGGAACGGUGGUGUUGCCAUCAACAGGCCGAGUACACUGUGCCUAUUGUAGCAUACUGGAUCCCACGCCUGAGCAUCUCACGGAGCACAAUCAUGGGGCUUGUGACGGUCAACAACGCAAGUUUCGACGUAAGGAUCACCUGGUUCAACAUCUACGUCUUGUUCACCGCAUUGAUACACUUCCGAUAAUCAGCGACUGGAAAGUGGAAGCUACCAACUUUACUUCUCGUUGCGGCUUCUGUGGUCGACAGAUGAUUACGUGGUCUCAAAGAUGCGACCAUCUAGCAUUGCAUUUUCGUAAUGGCUCAACAAUGGCUGACUGGCAAGGAGAUCAUGGAUUUCCCGACUCGAUUGCAGCCCAAGUUACCCAUGCCGUACCACCCUAUUUGAUUGACCUCGAGUCACGAACCAUGGUUCCCUUCUCCGCUACUAAUAGCCACGUUAAAGAUCAUUUCUCCCAGAUGUUGUCAAGGGCCGCUUUUCAGAGUGAUACCAAUGCUAUUGGCGAUUACCAAGAGAAGUUGGAGUUACCUGAUUUAUUAGGUCAACUCCAAGUGCAAGACUCUGGUCUGAAUUCGUACACGCAGGUCCUGACUCGUCACUUGAGCCACUAUGCAGAGGAGCAGACACGCCUCGGCAUUGUUCCUACUGAUGAGAUGUUCCAACGGGAAGCACGUCGUCUUCUGUUUGAUUCUGAGGACCCCUGGAACCAGACCAUUGCGGAUCACCCACAGUGGCUGGCUGCUUUCCGAGAAAAACAGAGCUCAUCCACGACCUGA